AAGGUUGGCAAGGACUCUGCUGCCGCCCGCUUCGCCUCUGCCACUCCCUCCGACUUCAGCAUUCAGGAAGAGAAGCCCUACGCCGAGUUAUGGAUGGGCACCCACCCCAGCAACCCCUCCAAGGAUUUGCACACCCAGCGCACUCUGCUCGACCUCGUCCAGGACAAUGAAGCUCUGAUGUCCAAGGAGAUCUCGGAAAAGUACCAGAAGAAGCUGCCCUUCCUGUUCAAGGUCCUGUCCGUCAACAAGGCCCUCUCCAUCCAGGCCCACCCCAACAAGAAGCUCGCCGCAAAGCUGCACGAAAAAGACCCCAAGAACUACCCGGAUGACAACCACAAGCCCGAGAUGGCUCUUGCCAUUACUCCCUUUGACGGACUCUGCGGCUUCCGUCCGCUCAAAGAAAUUUCGCACUUCCUCGACAGCGUCCCCAGCCUCAAGAGCCUGGUAGGAGAAGACGAGGCGAACAAGUUCCAAGAGACGGUCAAGGGCCAAGAAACAUCAGAAGACGAGUCCAAGGCUGCCGAGAACAAGAAGGCUCUGCAAGCUGCUUUCCGCAGUCUGAUGAAGAGCACGCCCGAAGACAUCGAGAAGCACGCCAAGGACCUCAUUCAGCAAGCAAAGGACGAAGGCGACAAGUUCGCGGGCAACGGCGGACCUUCAAAUAACGGCAAGGAGCUCUCAGACUUGAUGCUGCGACUGCAGGGCCAGUUCCCCAACGACAUUGGUCUUUUUGUCACUUUCUUCCUCAACUACGUCAAGCUCGAGGUUGGCGAGGCCAUGUUCCUCAAGGCCGACGACAUUCACGCCUAUCUCUCCGGAGACAUCAUCGAGUGCAUGGCUUCCUCCGACAACGUCGUCCGCGCCGGCUUCACUCCCAAGUUCAAGGAUGUCGACAACCUCGUCGACAUGCUUACCUACUCGUACGCCCCCAUCAGCGAACAANAAAUGUCCCCCACCGACUACCCCUUCGUCACCCUCAACUCCACCGCCUACAGCUCCAGCUCUGCCGCCACCCUCUACGACCCCCCCGNNAUCGAGGAGUUCAGCGUCGUCAAGACCGACCUCAACAAGUCUGGCGCAAAAGCCACUUUCGAGUCCAUCGACGGGCCCAGCAUCAUCAUUUGCACAAAGGGCUCGGGCAAGAUCAGUGUCGGCCCCAAAGAGGAGGAGCUCAAGGAAGGAUAUGUCUUCUUUGUUGGCGCUACUGCAAAGUGCGUUCUCGAGAGCUCUGGAGACGAGCCCUUGGUCACUUUCAAGGCCUUCUGCGAGCUCAACGGCAAAGAGAGCAAGAUC